AUCCUUGAUGCCUUUUACAUUCUUCGCCUCCCGGCUCUCGCAGAAUCAUGCACAAAGCUGCAGCGUCCACAAGGAACAGACGAUAAAGCGGAGACACGGCACAUACAAAUCUCCACUGCCCAUCUAACUGUGCCCUUUUCAUGAUUGGAUAGCGUACCGCUGUCUAAAUUCUCGGAAGCCAAACCUCUCUUCUUCCCUCUUGCAGAUCCAAAUCUCCGAUGAUUCAAGAAAAGACCAUCUUUCUCUCGGUAGCGACUCGCUACUCGAGGCUCGAGAUCAUUGCCUUGGUUCGUUCCAGAGCUUGGCUUGUCUACUAAGUUUUCUCUAUGGUUUUGUGUCUCAGACAUCGUCAGAACUCAUGCUCAUCUCCUCAGACAUCUUUAGAACUCAUCACCUUCCCCCGUUCCAUGUGUUCUUGAGCUUACCAACUGUCAUUUCUAAGUUACUUUGAUUUGGCUACCUGUUCUCCAACCAAAGAUCGUGUCUUGCAAACAUCCGAUGAUGAACGUUACGUACCACCUUUGCCAUCUUCCCACAAGGAUGCAGUGGCAAUUCUUCCAUUGCCUGAGCCUCAGCUCCUCUUUCAGCUAGUACCCGCUAGGGCGAGCCCGGUGGUCGAAAUGGCCUUCUGCUUCCCGGUCCUGAGGCUGGGCAAGAAGAGCAGGGCUGGUUCGAUCACUUCUCCUCCUUCCUUCUCCCCCUCCUCUCCUUUUCCUUCUUCUUCUCGGUGGCCCAAGAGGAACCUCUUGCCCUCCGAAAUGGAUAUCAUGGAAAAGAAGAGGUGGGACAGCUUAGAAUCGUGGUCGAUGCUGUUGGAACCCGGGAAUGCCGAGAGCUCCGAGGCCAACGCGGGAGGGGAAAGAGAGGAAUGGAUGGCUGAUCUUUCACAGCUCUUCAUCGGCAACAAAUUUGCUUCAGGGUCCAACAGUAGGAUAUACAGAGGGAUCUACAAGCAACGGGCGGUGGCCGUGAAGAUGGUAAGGAUUCCAGAGCAGGACGAGGAGAAGCGAGCGACGCUGGAGCAGCAGUUCAAUUCCGAAGUCGCCUUCCUCUCCCGCCUUUAUCAUCCAAACAUAGUGCAGUUCAUAGCAGCCUGCAAGAAGCCUCCCGUGUACUGUAUCAUAACAGAGUACAUGUCUCAAGGAACUCUGCGGAUGUAUCUGCACAAGAAGGAGCCGUAUUCGCUGUCGACCGAAACCAUUCUCCAAUUAGCCCUCGACAUCUCUCGGGGAAUGCAGUAUCUGCAUUCGCAGGGCGUGAUUCACAGAGAUCUCAAGUCUCAAAACUUGCUCCUCAACGACGUGAGGCGAGUCAAGGUUGCUGAUUUCGGCACCUCCUGCCUGGAAACUCAGUGCCGGGAAUCCAAGGGGAACAUGGGAACCUAUCGCUGGAUGGCCCCGGAGAUGAUCAAGGAGAAACCAUACACCAGGAAGGUCGACGUGUACAGCUUCGGCAUCGUCCUCUGGGAGCUCACCACCGCUCUGGUUCCGUAUCAAGGAAUGACACCGGUGCAGGCUGCAUAUGCCGCUUCGGAGAAGAGUCUGCGACCGCCGCUGUCGACGACCUGUUCGCCUGUGCUCAAUAAUCUCAUCAAGAGCUGUUGGUCGGCGAAUCCGGCAAGGCGACCGGAUUUCAACUACAUCGUGUCGGUGUUGGAGAAGUACGAUGAACGCCUCAAGGAAGGCCUCCCGGUUCUGGUGCAGCAGGAGCUGCGAAUCGGGAACUCCCUCUUCAAGCUCCUCAAGGGCUGCAUUGCAACCACUUCAUCCAUACCCGUGCAGGCCUGACCGCAAGUUUGAAGCGGCAGUAUGCGUCUCUCGUCCUCUCUUGCUUCAGUGUAUGACGUCUAUGAACGAUGGGUAUUGUAAUCCUGCAAUGCUGUCUUUUUGCUCCUAGUAUUCCGCAAUCAAUCCAGAAAUCAGAUGAACUGCAACUUUUCUCAUUCAUGUAGAUCGAGCACGCUCAAAGAUAACGACAGAAUUCUUUCUAGCGUAUCUUAGAGAAGAUGAGGGAAAAUAUAUAAGGAAUUUAUGUGAUAAGAUGUACGAGAAGAAUCAUACUCAUACAUGAGAUUAAGUCGACCACCUCGAUCAUCUAUCGAACUCUGAACUGAUUUGAUGGGAGAUGUCCUACGAGUAAUGCGAAUCUGAUGUUCUUCUUCUUUGUGGUGACUUUUAGAGUCGAAUAUGCCGGU